AUGAGUUUACAGUUGAAAACUUUGUCAACCCCUAGCAGCUCACAACAACAACAGCAGACGACGCCAUUACCGAGCGAGCCAUCCACGCCAACUCAGAACAAACAUCACCAUCACGGUAGCAGCAGCGCACGAAAGCGCAAACCGUUUUCUCGGCUCGGAAGUGGUGGUGGGUCUGGAAGUAAAACAGGUGGAUAUAACGAUUCCUCUUCCUCCUCUUCCUCGGACGAAGAAGAUUCAAAGAAGCACGCCGAUGAAAGUAACAGAAAAGAAGCUAAAUCACGCGCGCCUCCACCAUCGCCUCAACAGUUUAAUUCUAGAUUGGCUUCGCGAUUAGCAAAAAACGAAAGCGAUUUGAGAAUCUUACGGUCGAAUUCCGCGCUCGAACACAAAGUCGUCUUCAACGACGUGACCGAUACGGAAACGGAGGAUCAAAGUUUUAAAGACAACGACGAUAGCAUGUUACAAGAUGAUAUGCUGUUAUCGGAACAAGAACGACGCAAAGACUUGGAAGAAAAUCAAUUAGCUAUAAACAGCGAUAGUAGUAGUAGUAGCAGCAGCAGAGGAAGAGGAGGAGGAGAAGAAGACGAACGAGAGGAUAACGUAAAGAAGGACAACGCCGGGAACGUUUUGCAGAAGAAGAAUAAAAAAGAUGCGCUAGGAAGAGACUCCUAUGCGGAAUCUUCGGAUGGGAAUUCUGACGCGCAUUCGACCAGAGUAACGAUAAGAACUGCUAAAGUGGGGACACCAAACGUUCCAAUCAUGAUUAAAGAUUCCAAGAAGGACGGGAGCGUGCACGGAGGGAAGAUCAAAGUAGGGGAAUUGGCAAAGCUUCGCGACAUAACCGGAAGCUAUACAAAAGUGCUUAGCCCAAGACGCGCGUCUAUGAGCGACACGCGCAACUAUUUCGGUAGUUCGGAUAAAGUGCCAUCGGAAGCUUCAUCGCCUACAACCGCAGGCAGCGCUGAGAAGAGCGAUGCAUUAGAUGCCGUAGGACAACAACAACAACAAAACGCAGGCACGCCUCCAUCGCAAAGAAUUGAGAUCUUCGCGCAGUCAAAGUCUCCUUUAUCCGUAGAUAUGAAGCCACAAUCAUCCGCGACUAGUAGUAUUCUGAAUAUUGAUGAUGCGAGUGCUGGCCCGUCGACGACGCCAUCGUAUAAGAAUAUGCGAAUGCGAACGCAACAGCUGCGAGAAGGAACAGCGCCUCCGUCACCAUUUGGUUACGAUACGGUAACGCUGCGCGAAUCGAGCGAAGGUCAAACGAUAACGGAUGAAUGCGAGGAAACGUGUUUAAUGAUAGAAUAUUGCAUUGGAUUGAGAGAGAAAUAUUUGUUCGAGCCGACUCUUUCGAAGGUUGGAUCUCCGGUGAUGGGAUCGGUUGAAAUCGAAUCGAAAGAAGCGCUCGCUGCUUUGAAAACCGAUCAAAAAUUCAAAAUGGUAGACGGUGUGGUGCGAGUCUUUUCAAAAGAUGACGAACUGUUGCACGAACCACCGGCAUCGGCGACGGCGUUCUUUCACGACUUGCACGCGUUAAUGAUAAUUCAAUCCGCAGGCCCGGCGAAAUCGUUCUGUCAUAAACGCCUCAUGCUCACCGAGCAAAAAUUUUCUUUGCACGUCAUGUUGAAUUCAGAUGCCGAGUUUCUCGCGCAAAAGCGAGCGCCACAUCGUGAUUUCUAUAACGUGCGUAAGGUUGAUACGCACGUCCAUCAUUCGGCAUGCAUGAACCAGAAGCAUCUUUUACGAUUUAUUAAAUCAAAGCUGAAAAAAGAGCCGAACGAACUCGUCAUUUAUCGGGAUGGUAAAUAUUUAAACUUAAAAGAGGUAUUCGAGAGUAUUGGCAUGACGUCGCACGAGUUGAACAUCGAUACGUUGGAUAUGCGCGCGGAUAAAAACACGUUUCAUCGAUUCGAUCGAUUUAAUUUGAAGUACAAUCCAUGCGGUCAGUCGCGUUUAAGAGAGAUUUUCAUCAAGAGCGACAACUUGAUUCGCGGGCGUUUUCUCGCGGAAUUGACGAAAGAAGUGCUGACUGAUUUAGAAGCAAAUAAAUACACCAUGGCGGAGUAUCGUUUGAGCAUAUAUGGACGUCGCAAAGCGGAGUGGGAUUCUUUAGCCGCGUGGGUACUCAAUCACGGUUUGUUCUCGAAAAACAUCGUUUGGAUGAUUCAGUUACCGAGACUGUUUAAUAUUUAUAAAGCGCAAGGCACGAUGAAAAAUUUCCAGCAAAUGCUUGAUAAUAUUUUCAUACCUUUGUUUGAAGUGACGAUUGAUCCUUCGUCGCAUCCUGAGUUGCACCAUUUUCUGAAAACUGUCGUUGGAUUCGAUAUGGUUGACGACGAAUCCAAACCCGAGAGACGACCGAACAAGCACAUGCGCGUCCCGGAAGAUUGGAACGUUAACCAUAAUCCAGCCUAUUCCUAUUACGCUUAUUACGUUUAUGCGAAUUUGUAUACUCUGAACAAGUUAAGAGAAUCGAAAGGCAUGAAUAUCAUUACUUUUAGACCACACGCGGGCGAGGCUGGAGAUAUCGACCAUUUGGCGACGACUUUCAUGUUGGCGGAAAAUAUCGCGCACGGAAUCAAUUUGCGUAAAUCGCCGGUUUUACAAUAUUUGUACUACCUGACGCAAAUCGGUUUGAACAUGUCGCCGCUUUCAAAUAACUCGCUGUUUGUCGACUACCAUCGGAAUCCGUUUCCGUUGUUCUUUGCGAGAGGUUUAGCAGUAACCCUUAGUACCGAUGAUCCGCUCCAGAUUCACAUGACGAAGGAGCCAUUAGUUGAGGAGUAUUCGGUCGCGGCUCAAGUUUGGAAAUUGAGCGCAGCGGAUCUGUGCGAGAUUGCCAGAAACUCUGUUUUGAAUUCCGGAUUUCCUCGAGAAGCUAAGAAACACUGGAUUUCAGACAAUAUAUUCAAAUCAUCCUCAUCAAACGGUUUAGCUUCAUCAAACGAAGGCGGCGGCGGAGGCGGCGGCGAGGACGAGGAGUUGGUGCUUCACGCGUUGGAGGCGAACGAUAUUGAAAAGACGAACGUUCCAGAUUUACGUGUACAGUUCCGAUACGAUGUCUUAGAGGCGGAGAAGGGUUUGGUACGACGCGCGUGUGCUCAGGCUCGGGAGAAAGGCCGUGUUGUAAAAGUUCGUUAG